UUGGUGAAUUAUUUAGGUGGUAAUGGACUUGCUAUGCCUGUUGAAAUUGUUCCCUUUUGUUGGGAAUUUACACUUAAAAGGCUUGAAAUGUUGUUUAUUAAAGCUGGUUGUGUUGGUAAAUUGAGGACUGUUGGAGAAAAUGGUGAAGCUUAUGUUACUGAUAAUGGUAAUUAUAUUAUUGAUUUGUAUUUCAAGAAAGAUAUGGGAGAUUUGAAAGCUGCAAGUGAUGCUAUUUUGAGACUUGCUGGUGUUGUUGAGCAUGGUAUGUUUAUUGAUAUGGCUACUACUGUUACUGUGGCUGGAAAUCUUGGUUGUUAUCUUGCUGAAAUAUUUAUGUGGUUGAUUGAUAUGGCUACUACUGUUAUUGUGGCUAGAUCUCCUUUACGCAUUGUUGGUUUUCCUAAUAAGUUCACUUUUACCAAUGGGUAAGUUUUCAGUUUAAAGUUUACUCUCUCCUUAUAAUCUAGAUUCACUCAACAAAUGUGGAAAGCUGAAAUACU